UCUCAAGGGACCGGUGUUAGGGCAAGAACCAUGGCAAGAACAUUUUUGGAUGUUUUGUGAAGGCCAAGGCUACUUCCUCUCUCAGUGGUUCCCUGAUCUCUAUCAACAUGUCGGCUAUUGUUGAAGCAGAACUGGAUCCACAGAUCUGAUUGGUCCAUGUAGCUGCUACAAAAUGGAUUUCCAUCAAGACGGUGUGGAUGCUGUCAGUGGAAAUCAGACAGGCAGAGCAGCAUGUGCUGAGUCCAGCCACGUGUCCAUGAAGAAUGAGGAGCCCGUCACUGAUGGGCAUCAGGGGGUCAGCACAGGAAGAGUGCUGUUUUAUCCAAGAUCACAGACACACAGACCAGUGUCUCCAGUGCCCAGCUGUGUGUCCAUGAAGAGUGACCGGUCCAUGGAGCUCCCUCGCAAUUUGAGCAGUGGACCCCCACAAUCUGAUCCAACACCACAGACACACAGACCAGUGUCUCCAGUGCCCAGCUGUGUGUCCAUGAAGAGUGACCGGUCCAUGGAGCUCCCACGCAAUUUGAGCAGUGGACCCCCACAAUCUGAUCCAACAUCACAGACACACAGACCAGUGUCUCCAGUGCCCAGCUGUGUGUCCAUGAAGAGUGACCGGUCCAUGGAGCUCCCUCGCAAUUUGAGCAGUGGACCCCCACAAUCUGAUCCAACACCACAGACACACAGACCAGUGUCUCCAGUGCCCAGCUGUGUGUCCAUGAAGAGUGACCGGUCCAUGGAUCUCCCUCGCAAUUUGAGCAGUGGACUCCCACAAUCUGAUCCAACGCACAUCCUGACCCAGGAUCAGUCCAGGUGUGGAAUGUGUGAGCAGCUACUGACGGACCCAGUCAUCACCAGUUGUGGACACAGUUUCUGCAGGCAGUGCAUCAGCAGCUACUGGAGCCAGUCUGGUGCAUCAGGAGACUACAGCUGCCCGCAGUGCAGAAAGAGACCCAGAACACAACCUAUUACAAACCCUGACAUGACUCAACCACUGUACCCGUCUACAGACAUGGCACAAUCUUACCUAAACCCACCAACAGACAUGACACUGCCCUCGUCAUAUCAACACAGUGAAAUGGCACAACCACCUGUUUAUCCACCUACGUCCAUGGCACAGCCUCUCCUAAACCCACCAACAGCCAUGGCACAGCGUCACUUAUACCCAUCUGCAGCCAUGGCACAGCGUCACUUAUACCCACCUACAGCUAUGGCACAGCCUCUCCUAAACCCACCAACAGCCAUGGCACAGCCUCACUUAUACCCAUCUGCAAACAUGGCACAAGUUCCUCCAUCCCCACACACACACACAGGGCAGCGUCCUCAGUACUCAAACUCAGCCAUGGGGCAGCAUAAUCAUCCACGCAUCCAGCACCCUCUUUAUCCACACAUCCACACGGCACAGAUCUCUCCACAGACAGGCAGCACCCAUCUGCAAACUGAGCAUGCUCCAGUCAAAAGGGCCAAACUAACAGAUGACAAUGUCCUCACCAGAGUACUGAUGACCCAUAAAGCCAUCAUGAAGAGGAGGUUUGAGAGCAUAUGUGAAGGCAUCAUAAGGUCAGGGACUCAAACACUCCUGAACAAGAUCUACACAGAGCUCUACAUCACAGAGGGAGAGAGUGAAGGGGUGAAUAAUGAGCAUGAGGUUUGGCAGGUAGAGUCAGCAUCCAGACCACAAACUGCAGAAGACACAGCAAUCAACUGUAAUGACAUCUUCAAGCCCUUACCUGGACAGGAGAGACACAUCAGAACUGUCAUGACCAAGGGGAUCGCUGGCAUUGGAAAAACCGUCUCAGUGCAGAAGUUCAUCCUUGACUGGGCAGAGGAGAGAGCUAACCAGGAUGUAGAUUUCAUAUUUGUGCUUCCAUUCCGUGAGCUUAAUUUGGUCAAACAUGAUCAGUACAGUCUUCACAGGCUCCUGCUUGACUUCCACCCUGAGCUUCGAGAGCUACAGGAUGGUGAAUACAAAGACUGCCACAUUGUGUUUAUCUUUGAUGGUCUGGAUGAGAGUAGACUUCCACUGAAUUUCCAUAAGAAUCAAAAGUUGUCUGAUGUGACACAAACAUCAUCAGUGGAUGUGCUGAUGACGAGCCUUAUUCAGGGAACUCUGCUUUCCUCUGCUCUCAUCUGGAUAACCUCCCGACCAGCAGCAACCAGUCAGAUCCCUUCUCAGUGCAUCAGUCUGGUGACAGAAGUACGAGGGUUCAAUGACCCACAGAAGGAAGAGUACUUCAGGAAGAGGAUCAGUGACCAGAAUCAAGCCAACAGAAUCGUCUCACACAUUACAGCAACCAGGAGUCUCCACAUCAUGUGCCACAUGCCAGUCUUCUGUUGGAUCUCAGCCACUGUCCUUCAGCAGACACUGGAACAGGAUGACGGGAAGGAAGCCCCCAAAACACUGACUGAAAUGUUCAUACACUUUCUGCUCAUCCAGACCACCAGGAAGAGCCAGAAGUAUCAAGAGAAAAGUCAGACAGAUAGACUCCUGGAGUCACACAAGGGUGUCAUAUUGAAACUGGCAGAGCUGGCUUUCAAGCAUCUGGAGAAUGGCAAUCUCAUGUUCUAUAAGAAAGACCUGAAAAAAUGUGGCAUUGAUUCCAGUGAAGCUUCAGUGUAUUCUGGCAUGUGCACUGAGAUCUUCAGGGAGGAAUGUGUGUUUCAUCACAAGAAGGUCUACUGCUUUGUCCAUCUGAGCAUCCAAGAGUUUCUUGCUGCACUUCAUUUGUUUGCCUCCUUCUUGAAUAAGAACAUGGAGGUUCUGGAGCCAUUUAUUAGCAGGAAGUCCAAGUCUUUGCCAGAUGUGCCUCUUGAUGAUCUGCUGAAGAAUGCCGUGAACAAAGCUUUGGAAAGCAAGAAUGGACACCUUGAUUUGUUUGUUCGCUUCCUUCAUGGCAUUUCUCUGGUGUCAAAUCAGGGACUUUUGCUUGGCCUCCUGACACACACACACAGCAGCCCAGAGAGUGCGAAGAAAACAAUCAAGAACCUGAAGGUGAUGCAGAGACCAAAUAUCUCCCCCGAGAGGUGCAUCAACCUGUUCCACUGCCUGGUGGAAAUGCAUGACUCUUCUGUUCAUGAUGAAAUCCAGGCUUUCCUGAAGGCAGAGAAAGGUGCCGUGAAACAGCUCUCACUGACUCACUGCUCAGCCUUGGCUCAUGUGCUUCUGAUGUCUGAUGAGGUGCUGGAUGAGUUUGACCUGAACAAAUACAAAACCUCUCCAGAAGGUCGCAGGAGACUGGUUCCAGCCGUGAGAUGCUGCAGAAAGGCUCUGUGA